GAAACAGCCAGUCGAUAAUCGAACGGUCCGGUUUGAAGUGUGCGAACAUUUCGAGUGCCAUGUUUCAUCGGACAGAUCCGUUUAAAAUUUUCAAUGACUUUUCAUCGGGAAAUUGAAAAGCGAGUCAUGAAAUUCAACAAAUACCAGUGCCCUUCCUCGUGCGCCGAUUGCGAGAAGGCGAAUUUGACCGAGGUGCUGAAGAACGUGAAGCAACCUUUCUUCAAUGAGAUCCUGAGUCACUGUUUCUUUAAAUGUUUCUGUCGGACGAUUUGUGGCACGGAGAAGAGGCUCGACAUGCGCGGAAAAGUGGUAUACGAGAAACUUGGGCGGUAUCUCAAAGAUAUAGACGUACCGGCUUUGUCGAUCUUUCUGAAGAAACAUCCAGAGAUCAUCAAUGUUUGCGUGGCCGGCAACGAUAUCGGUGAUUGCGGCUUUAUCAAUCUGAUCGAUCACUGCAUCCUGUACAAAAAUAUCGAGGAGCUGGACGUACAGAACAACGAUAUCGGUGAUCUCGGAGUGAGGCACAUGUGGGAAGUAAGGAAGAAGGUAGAGUUGAAGUAUCUCAAUCUGAGGGCCAACAAAUUCGGGGACGAAGCGUCGAAGAACGUCGCGCUAUUUUUAUCGGAGAACGAACACAUGCUCGGUAUGAACGUCGCCGACGUCAACCAAACGGCAUCCGGUUUGAUAUACUACGCGAUGAUCUUGAGCGGUGACCAAGAGGUCUCGAACAAGACUCUCAAGCGUCUGGACAUCAGUCGCCCGAAUCCGGGAUGCAUGUACUUCUUCGAUUCCGCUCAUUUCGCCGACGUGAUCGGUCACAUGCUGCGACACAACGCGACUCUCGCCGCGUUGCAUCUGCAAAAGUACGGCUUCGACUGUCACGACGUCGAAAGUAUGAUGUCGAACGCCAAGUUCAACGUCGCGUUGCACCUGUUGGACUUGGGGUGCAACAACAUCGGAGAUCACGGCGUCGAGCACGUUUCCACGUGGUUGAGACAAAGGCCGGCCUUGAGGAUUCUCAUUUUACAGAGGAACAUCGUGACGAGUCACGGUGCACGGAGUCUGAGCCGUGCCAUUCCAUAUUCAAGACUCUUGUCCCUCGACGUCUCGUACAACAAAAUCAACGACGACGGCAUGACGGCCGUGUUAUACACUCUGAAGAAGAGCCCGCUGCUGAGGCAGCUCUCGAUAUUCGGCAACUGUAUCGGCCAUCCUUCUGCCAAAAUAAUCAAACGAAUGUUGAUGUCGCAAGUUUUGACUCAAGAGAACAUCGACGUCAGACCGUACAGAGUAGAUCACGUAUGGCAUUUCGCGAGGUACGAGGGAGAUCGUUGCAGGAAGAAGUUCGAAGACGUUUCCUACGGGCUCCACUUGAAACCACCGGAAGCUCCUCCGCCGUCGGUUCGAUCCGUUAGAAAGUAUAGCAAGUACACGUACGACACGAUGAAGGAAAUUAAAGUAGAACAUUCGACUGUGACGCUGGUCUCGCAGUCGGUGAGCAGACUCCACAGGAAAGGGUGCAGAUGCUGCUAUUGUCUCAAGUGCAAUGGGCCUCUCUACGACGAAGAGUGCAGAGACGUCGAACAUCCGGACACCUGCACCUGUUGCGAUUGCAGAGGAGACGAGAGCAGCGAUUGGUCUAUAGACAAAUCGGUUCUAAGGAGGAUCGUGUCUCCCCCCGACGUUAAGAAGAACAUAGAGCACAUCAUAAAACGCGUCAGCACUACCACCGCGGAAAACAUCUUAAAAUGGAUCGCCAUCGACGAGCACGUUCUCGAACAAGAUUUAAGAACCAUCGGCGAUCCGACCGCGGCCAAGGACAGUUCAGGAACCACGGUUUCGUGCGAAUGUUCGUGGGUGCAGUUGAGCAUGUCUUCGCUCCAGAAGUAUCUACAAGUAUGUUCGUCGAAGGACGUUCUGAUCGUACCCAGCAACGGUGCAGCCCUUUUGGAACGAUCAGUUUCCGACGAAGCGACACUCUCGUUGGACAGCUGCGACUGUUCGCACGCUUGAUCGGAGUCGGAGGUAAGAAAUAAAUUUUACUCUGUUUUUCGUACGAUCAACUUUACUUUAUUUACCGUCGUCUGUACAAAAAUACGGUGUAUAAAAAAAUAAAAUGCUCGUCUUAUAUACUCUAAAA